UAUCUACCUACCUUACGGUAUGUAGACAGACAUCCAAGAGAAAGGCAAUCCAACGCACCUGGCCAUACGUUGCAAACACUCAACCUCGUGACCCAUCCAACUUUUGUACUGGGUCUCUUUUCUCAGAUCACAUGGUCAAUGUUUGGGUGGGUAGUUGGACAGUAGCUGAGACUCGUGUACACGUUACAGCCUUGAGACUUAAGUCCAGCCUCGAGGCUUUCACUCCCCCAUUCUGCUUCUUCGCGCUCGGCCCGGCCGGCUCUAUACUCGCUACCUAAGGUAGGGUAGGUAAAAGUCGCAAAAGUCACAAUGUCUCAGCCCGUACUGCCUAACCCGAACAACUUCCUCGCCGUCGCUCUUGUUAUCAACCGAUCUCGAGACGGUCCCAACUUCGUCUUUCAUUACCCUCCCCAGGUCCGUCCACCUCACAGCCAGCCAGGCCAGUCCCAAGAUGGCUCGCCACCGGAGCCCCGUGAUGCCGAUGACGCCCUCCUCGAGCGCCUCAACGAGCCCGUGUCUUCCCUCGACGACCCCGUCGAUCCCUCCUCAUCUUCCGGCCACCCUCCACCCCAUGGUUGGGAUGACCACCGCUUCACUGAAAACGGCGCCCAGAUCGUGCCCUGGGAACACGUUGCCGGCUUCCCCACCAGGGACCUUGCCAGCAUCUUAACGCCGGGGAGAUCAUAUCACAAAAAGCUCUUCCAGCUAUCCCUUGACCCGCUCUACUGCGUGUCCUGCCCGAUCCACGUUCCCGAGUCUGGAAUCUGGAAGAAAAAGAAAACGAAGAAGCCGGACCAGGCGAAGAGUGUCAGGACCGAAGAUGCCAUCACCACUCCUUCUGACAUCGACCUAGCCCGCCAAGGUGCCCAUGCUUCUUCUACUAACGGGGGUGAAACCUCCCAACCCGAGCAAAAGGACAAGGACAAGGACAAGGACAAGGACAGGGACAAGGACAGGGACAGGGACGGGGACAGGAGCGAUGAAGUGGACGAUAAGAGAGCCUCCAUGACCAUGUUCAACUUGGUCUUCAUUCUUCACCCGCGAAAAUACCAGGUCAAGGAGCUCGUCGCCACCCUAUAUCUCAACAUCAUAAGGAAAGUCAGCAAGGCCUACAAAUACAGCCAGCAGAGUAGCGACUUUGUGUGGAAAGAAUCGAAGCGUAUUAUAGCCCUAAAGGAAAAAGGACGAGAGGAAAGGUGGAAAAUGGGAACCUUGUGGACAGAGAUUCUCAGUUCUUCCUCUCUAGCUGCUUCCGUCCAGGACAUAUACGAAGCUGUCUCCCAAAACAGAAUCGCCGCGCUCCAACUUGACACAGCUGCUGGGCCCCUGACGCCGUCGGUUCAAAUCCCGGUCCCUUUCUACGUCGCGGACUUGCCCCCGGACGGCGAAGAGGGCCAGCGCGGCCUCUGGCUGACUAGCGCCAACUCCUUCAUUAGCGAGGAUUCUCUGGACGAACCUGGGUUUCUGGAUCGCAACUUUGCCCUGCUCCUCAUGGAAGACGAGAGGAAAAUCAUUGCCGAACUGCAAGCCGAUCCGGAUCCUACCACAGCUGCUAUGGUCGAGUUUGUUCGCCUCUCCAAGCCUACACAGUCUUUCUACCAAGUCGGCCAAAGUAACGUACUUUCCUUAAGCCAGGUUCGCAAGUAUGCACAACACUUCAUCUUUUGGCGUCGUGCCAUCGCCAUCCCGCCUCUUCACGCCCGCGACGUCUACAUCCUCUCUCCCAAUUGCGAUACCCGCCGCCUGCCCCGAGCCAGCGUUGAAUGGCAAAAGACCUUUCCGCUUGCUCCACCCCUAACCAACUUCUUGGCCGAGCUCUCCUACGCUCCCCGCCCGUACAAGCACUUCUGCCCAAGCAAAGCGCACCGCUCUACGUAUCUCCUCAUGCUGGCCUGGCUUAUGCGCGGGGGCUGGGUCACCCAGCUCUGCACUUUCGCCUACGUCGUCGUCUGGCCCGAGAUCCAGUACGAGGUCGAGUACCAGCUCGAGGCGGAAGAGCUCCGGCGUGCCGAGGAGGGCCCAGCUUCCGGGACCAGCAUCCCCAGCUCGAGCUUCGAAUCGUCCGAAGACCCCCAUCGUCCUUUCGGCGACGACGCACAUGUGCCGACCAUCAACGAACAGGCCGCCGAGCAAGCGCGGCUGGAGCGUAUCGCCGAGAAGACGCAGCGCGAGGCCGCAGAAAAAGCCUCUGCGCAUGCCCUCAAGGUUGUCCCGACGGCGACGGCUCAUCCGUCCGUGAACAAUGCGCCGCACCUAGCCCACAUGACGCCGCAUAUCAUUUUAGACGCUAAGAAAGCUACCGGCAAGGAGUCCCUGUACAUGUCUGCCAUCGCAAGGAGGCUGAACGACGAGAAGCUCGCCAAGGCGUGGCAUGGCUUCUGCAAGUAUUUCAACGGGAAGUCGGCACUCGAGAGGAUCGCCCUGCAGGAGGACAUGAAGCGCAAGGAAGCUUGGACCUUGCUAACCGCCAUGAGUGAGCAUCUAAUGGUGGUCCGUCAUUGGUGAAGGCGGUGCGUGCUGAGGAGGCAUGACCAUCCUAGACCAUCGGUGAAGAAGCCAGACAGCUUCUGCUCAGGGCAAUUGGCCUGCUUAUAGCGGUUACAAGCAUACUGGUCUAUAUGUAAGGAUGCGUUGCGCAGAAUCCACUCUGUAAUGUCCUCGCAUCAAAAUAUCACGCUGGCGCGCAAUGGCGGCCCCACCUCAGAACCGUCCCGGGG